GGCGUCGCGGGUCACGUGUGCGGGAGCCGCGGCCAACGUGAAGAGGCCUCGCUCGGCAACCGGGGAGCCUCAGCAGCAGGGGCGUUUCCGGGCGGGGAGCCGGACCUUGUUCGCCCGACGGGGGAGGUGCUGACACGGUUCCCCAGGAGCGGAGAGCGCUGGCCAUGGACGGGGAGAGCGGGGAGCAGGGCGCGGAGGAAGGCGCAGGGGAGGCCCACAUCUGCUCAGUGUGCGGGCUGAGCUUCAGCCAGCUGUCGGAGGUGGAGGGCCACAUGCGCAGCCACGCCAAGGAGGUGCGCUACGAGUGCGAGGUGUGUGGUGAGUCCUGGCUCUACCCACGGCUGCUGGAGGCCCACCGGCGCAUCCACACGGGUGAGACGCCCUUCACCUGCUCCGAGUGCGGCAAGGGCUUCACCCGCUCGGGCAACCUGCUGGCCCACCAGCGCAUCCACACCGGCGAGCGCCCCUUCAAGUGCACCGACUGCGGCAAGGCCUUCAAGACAUCGCAGCACCUGAAGGAGCACUGGCGGCUGCACGCCAGGGUGCGGCGCGCCAACCCCACCUGCCCUGGGUGCGGCCGAGAUCCCUCGCGGGAGCCCACCGGGCUGGACUGCCCCGACUGCAGAGCCCGGCGGGCCCUGGGGCGUCGGCGGGCAGUGGAGGCCGGGACCGGGCUGGCCGCCGGGGGGGAGCGCCCCCACAGCUGCCCCGAGUGCCGGCGGAACUUCCGGAGCUCGCGGGACCUGGCGGAGCACCGGGGCGUCCACAGCGGCGAGCGGCCUUCGCCUGCCCGUCUGCGGCAAGGGUUUUUGCCCCGGACGUCCGGCCUGAGGAGGCACCAGAUCGUCCACACUGGGGAGAAGCCAUUCACCUGCUCCAUCUGUGGCAAGGGCUACACCCAGUCCUCCAGCCUGGUGGCCCACCGCACCGUGCACACCGGCGAGAGCCCCUACUCCUGCUCUGACUGCGGCAAGGGCUUCACCCGCCUCUCCCACCUCAGCCAGCACCGGCGGGUCCACACCGGGGAGAAGCCCUUCACCUGCUCCCAGUGCGGCAAGGGCUUCACCCACUCCUCCAGCCUGCUGAGGCACCAGCGGGUCCACACCGGCGAGCGCCCCUUCUCCUGCCCCGUGUGCGGCCUGGAGUUCUCCCAGUCCUCCCACCUGCGCAGGCAUCUGCCCGCCCACACUGGCCUGAAGCCCUUUGUCUGCGCCGAGUGCGGCAAGGGCUUCACCGAGUCCUCCAACCUGCUGCGGCACCAGCAGAUCCACGCACUGCGACCACUCCAGCGUUCCGCCUGUGGGGAGAGUUUUAGGAGCUCAGAGACUGCGUGGCUGCCUGCAGAGUGGAGGUCGUUCAGUGGAGGGCCACGCCGAGGCAAACAGAGGACCAGAAACGACAGGAAGAGGCCCUUUGCCUUCCUGCGUCGAGCUGCAGCCGGGUCUGUGCGAGAAUGGCAUCGCUCCAUAGCUGCUGGUUUAAACAGGAAGCCAUCCGUUAACAGAGAGAGCGAGAGGCAGGGACAAGGCGAGGCACACACCCCCGUCGUACCCGAGGUGCGUCCAGGGCGAGGGGAAUCGGUGCUCGGUCGUCCCAGUACCCUGCGCUGGACGGAGGGGCUAACUCCCGCGGAAGGUCAGCUCCCAACGCCCCUCGGAGAUCCUCUGAUUGCUUGGCUGCUGGGGCGCUCGUCACCUCGCCGCCCAUCCCAGGACCAGACCCCGCCACCCAGGAUCAGACCCCGCCACCCAGGUCCCAUCCCAGGAUCAGACCCCGCCACCCAGGUCCCAUCCCAGGAUCAGACCCCGCCACCCAGGUCCCAUCCCAGGACCAGACCCUGCCACCCAGGACCAGACCCCGCCACCCAGGUCCCAUCCCAGGACCAGACCCCGCCACCCAGGUCCCAUCCCAGGACCAGACCCCGCCACCCAGGACCCAUCCCAGGACCAGACCCCGCCACCCAGGUCCCAUCCCAGGACCAGACCCCACCACCCAGGACCCAUCCCAGGACCAGACCCCGCCACCCAGGGCCAGACCCUACCACCCAGGUCCCAUCCCAGGACCAGACCCCGCCACCCAGGUCCCAUCCCAGGACCAGACCCCGCCACCCAGGUCCCAUCCCAGGACCAGACCCCGCCACCCAGGUCCCAUCCCAGGAUCAGACCCCGCCACCCAGGACCAGACCCCGCCACCCAGGUCCCAUCCCAGGACCAGACCCCGCCACCCAGGACCCAUCCCAGGACCAGACCCCGCCACCCAGGACCAGACCCCGCCACCCAGGUCCCAUCCCAGGAUCAGACCCCGCCACCCAGGACCAGACCCCGCCACCCUCCCAUCCCAGGACCAGACCCCACCACCCAGGACCCAUCCCAGGACCAGACCCCCACCCAGGACCCAUCCCAGGACCAGACCCCGCCACCCAGGACCAGACCCCGCCACCCAGGUCCCAUCCCAGGACCAGACCCCGCCACCCAGGUCCCAUCCCAGGACCGGACCCCGCCACCCAGGUCCCAUCCCAGGACCGGACCCCGCCACCCAGGUCCCAUCCCAGGACCGGACCCCGCCACCCAGGUCCCAUCCCAGGACCGGACCCCGCCACCCAGGUCCCAUCCCAGGACCGGACCCCGCCACCCAGGUCCCAUCCCAGGACCGGACCCCGCCACCCAGGUCCCAUCCCAGGACCGGACCCAUCCCAGGAUCAGACCCCGUCACCCAGGACCCAUCAGAACAGAACUGGGGGGGAGGGGAAGAAACACCAUCCACCAAUCAGAAUAUCCCGCACACAGACUGGCGUCCGCGUCCGCCAAUCAGAAGACGCGCCCUCUCAGCGGGAGUCCGCCUCCUCCAAUCAGAAUGGCCGGAGCUCUGGUCGGGAUCUGCUUCCUCCAAUCAGGAUAUCCAGUGCGCAAGACGGGGUCGGCAUCCUCCAAUCACCGCACAGAAUUUGGGUCCUUUUCCGCCAAUCAGGAUGCCCAGCGCGCAGAAUGGGGGCGCCGCCUCCUCCAAUCAACAGCGGCCGGUGGUGCGGACGCCGCAGCAUCCGUGCGGUCGGAUUGGUCGGCGGAGAGCGCUGCGCGGUGACGUCGCCGGGGCGGCUGGUUGGCGACGCCGCGCCCACCGGUUCUCCGGAGAGUGGACUCAGAGAACCCCCGCCUGACGGGGUAACUCCUGUCUGUCAGACACUGGACACCCUGCGCCCGACUUCAAGGCUCAUGGAGGGCCACGCCAAGGAGAAGCGUUACAAGUGCGACGUGUGCGGCAAGGCCUGGCUCUACCCGUGCCUGCUGGAGGCCCACCGGCGGGUCCACACCGGGGAGAAGCCCUUCACCUGCCCCGUCUGCGGGAAGGGCUUCACCCAGUCCUCCAAUCUGCUGCAGCACCAGAUCGUCCACACCGGCGAGCGCCCCUUCGCCUGCCCCGUGUGCGGGGAGCAGUUCGCCCACUCCUCCAGCCUGCUGGAGCACAGGCGGGUCCACACCGACGAGCGGCCCUUCGAGUGCUCCGACUGCGCCAAGAGCUUCAAGAGCUUCCGGGUUCUGAGGGAGCACUGGCGGGUCCACACCGGCGAGCGCCCCUUCACCUGCCCCGUGUGCGGCAAGGGCUUCACCCAGUCCUCCCACCUCCUGCAGCACCAGCGCGUCCACACCGGCGAGAAGCCCUUUGUCUGCCCCGUCUGUGGCAAGGGCUUCACCCAGUCCUCCCACCUGCUGGACCACCGUCGGGCCCACACCGGGGAGAAGCCCUUCACCUGCCCCGUGUGCGGCAAGGGCUUCACCCGCUCCUCCAGCCUGGUGGCCCACCAGACUGUCCACACCGGCGAGCGCCCCUUCACCUGCCCCGAGUGCGGCAAGGGAUACACCGAGUCCUCCAACCUCCUCAAGCACCGGCGGGUGCACCGCGGCGAGCGCCCCUUCACCUGCUCCCAGUGCGGCAAGGGCUUCACUGAGUCCUCCAACCUCCUCAAGCACCAGACCGUCCACACCGGCGAGCGGCCCUUCAACUGCUCCCAGUGCGGCAAGGGCUUCACCCACUCCUCCAGCCUGCUGAAGCACCGGCGGGUCCACACGGGGGAGAAGCCCUUCGUCUGCCCUGUCUGCGAGCGGGCUUUCAGCCAGCACUUCACCCUGCUGGAGCACCAGCGGAACCACACAGGCGAGCGGCCCUUCACCUGCCCCCAGUGCGGCAAGGGUUACACCCGCUCCUCCAGCCUUCUCCGGCACCAGCGGGUCCAUGCCGGCGACUAGCCAG